ACAACAAAACAAAACAUGGCAGGUUUUGAUAACCCAGGACUGUUUUUCAGUGAUAACUUUGGUGCAGAAGAUGACAACAAUCAAGAUCAAAUUAAUAGGCUUGCGACGCUUAGACGAUUUAAAGAGUUUAUUCGACAGUUUUAUACGGGAAACUUUUCUUACAUUUAUAGUUUGAAGAUGCAGCUAAGGAGGUAGCUGAUGAGGUGACGCGACCAAGACCUGACACAGAUGAUGAGUUACAGAGCAUUCAGAUUCUGCUGAAAUCUGAUUCGAACCCAUCCGUCAUGAGAGAUUUAAAGUCGGACGCCGUAUCGAAGCUGGUGAAGAUUCCGGGAAUGAUCAUCGCUGCUUCGGCAAUUAAGUCUAAGGCGACGAGCAUCACUGUGCAGUGUCGCAGCUGCCGCAGCUUCAUUCCUAAGCUACACGUGAAGCCAGGGCUCGAUGGCUACACGCUGCCACGCAAGUGUAACACAGAUCAGGCUGGCCGGCCGCCAUGUCCGCUCGAUCCGUACUUCAUAGUCCCGGACAAGUGCGAGUGUGUUGACUAUCAGCUACUGAAGCUGCAGGAAUCCCCGGAAGCUGUUCCCCAGGGAGAGAUGCCCAGGCACAUGCAAUUGUUCUGCGACAGGUACCUGACAGAAAAGGUUGUUCCGGGAAACAAAGUCACUGUUAUUGGUAUCUACUCCAUCAAAAAGAUGUCGGCUGGAAAGACAGGCUCCAAGGACAAGGCCACCGUCGGAAUCCGGAGUCCCUACCUCCGCGUCGUCGGCAUCGAGGUCGAGACUGCCGGCCUCGGACGCAGCGCGGGGAGCCCCGUGACGGCGGACGAGGAGGAGGAGUUCCGUCGUCUCGCGGCGAGCCCGGGCGUGUACGAGACGAUCGCUCGCAGCAUCGCUCCCUCCAUCUAUGGCAGCGAGGACGUGAAGAAGGCGAUCGCGUGCCUGCUGAUCGGCGGCUCGCGCAAGCGGCUGCCGGACGGGCUCACGCGACGCGGCGACAUCAACCUGCUCCUGCUCGGCGACCCGGGAACCGCGAAGAGCCAGCUGCUGAAGUUCGUCGAGCGCGUUUCGCCGAUCGCGGUGUAUACAUCUGGGAAGGGCAGCAGUGCAGCAGGACUCACAGCUUCGGUUAACAGAGACCCGCAGACCCGUAAUUUCGUGAUGGAAGGGGGCGCCAUGGUGCUGGCUGACGGAGGCGUCGUCUGCAUCGAUGAGUUUGACAAGAUGCGUGAAGACGACAGAGUCGCCAUACACGAAGCCAUGGAACAGCAGACCAUCUCUAUCGCCAAGGCUGGCAUCACUACAACGUUGAACUCGCGCUGUUCUGUGUUGGCUGCAGCCAACAGCGUCUUUGGCCGCUGGGACGACACCAAGGGUGAAGAGAACAUCGACUUCAUGCCCACAAUUCUGUCUCGCUUUGACAUGAUCUUCAUAAUCAAGGACGAACACAACGAAAGCCGUGACGUGACGCUAGCAAAGCACGUCAUGAAUGUUCACAUGAAUGCUAGGCAGAUGACGGAGGAACCUAAAGAAGGGGAGCUGCCACUCGAGAAACUAAAGAAGUACAUUUCCUACUGCAGAGCGCGGUGCGGCCCGCGGCUGGCGGCGCCUGCUGGUGAGAAGUUGAAGAAUCGAUAUGUUCUGAUGAGAAGUGGUUCCGGUGAACAGGAGAGAGACAUGGGGCGUAAAACCUCCAUCCCCAUCACAGUCCGGCAACUAGAAGCGAUUAUCCGAAUCUCCGAGUCGUUAGCUAAAAUGAGGUUGCAGCCAUUUGCUAACGAAGCGCAUGUGGAAGAGGCACUGAGGUUAUUCCAGGUGUCCACCCUUGAUGCCGCCAUGUCUGGAAAUCUAUCGGGAGCUGAGGGCUUCACGACUCAGGAAGACCAGGAGAUGCUGAGUCGCAUCGAAAAGCAGAUGAAGCGGAGAUUCGCGAUCGGCACACAGGUCUCCGAGCACAGCAUCCUGCAGGAUUUCCUCAAGCAGAAAUACCCCGAACAAGUAAUCUACAAGGUUCUCCAGAUAAUGCUCCGCAGAGGUGAGAUCCAGCAUCGAAUGCAGAGAAAGAUGCUGUACAGAAUGAAGUAACAAGUACAGCAGUUCCUCGCCAACAGAUGUCACCACUGUACAUCUGCUAGAGUUGAGAGCGAUGGGCUUAGCAAUGUGUUAGCCACCCACCAUAGCGAAAACGUAUAUUUGUGAGCAGUGUGGGAAUCGAUUAUUUGCUAACUCACGUAAUGCAAGUCAGAGCUGUUCUGAGCGAGUACUUAUUUUAUACUUUAGCUAGAAUGGCAGGAGCUUUUCCACUCCUGAUUUUCAUGUAAAGAUAUUUUGUAGCCUGAUAAUCUCUAUGUGUUUAUGUGUGUCUUCAUCAAAUGCAUUUUUUGGUGGUGCAAGACAGGCAUGAAACAAUUUGUAUGAAAUUAGUUCUUAAAUGCAGACAAAUGCGGCUAGGUAUGUCAUCUGUAGAGGGUGAUUUAAAGAAGUGGUAGAGGAUUAUGGAUAAGAAUAGUUGCAUUUAGACAACUAAGGUGAUGAGAUGAAGAAAAAUGGGAGGGAGAAGAGUUGAAGGCUGGGAGGUGUUGGGAGAAACAGAAGUCGAGGAGAGCGGAAAUGUGCAUUUGUACGUGUAAAUGGAAAUGACAGUGUAAGAGAAAAGGGAAUAGGAUAAGUGGCAGCGAUAGAUGGGAGCGAGGAAUGAAAAAUCUUAUUUAAGUAUCAGCAGCCACUUCUGCCUCCUUUCUUGAUUGGGCUUAAACAUUCCUGUGAUUAAUAUCAUGUUCUGCCAGGGUAAUAAAAUUGAUAUACUAGCCAAUUAGCAGCUAUGGCAUCCUACCAAUCUUCGUCUGCAGUAGAAUAUCGUUGUUCGAGUGUGGGAUCGUUGAAGAUUGGCAAUAAAACGUUAUCUUUGCCCAAAUAUUCGUUUUUCAUGAAGCUGCGGUAAUUUCAGACAGUUCUUAUACGCCUGCUACUGUGAAUACAAUCCGAUGUGUCGCACCACCACAACUGUGUGGCACUAUUGCCAUGUGCAUGUUGACUGUUUUAUGGCAUAAAGAAUAUUUGAAAUCUUGAUACACCAGUCACCAUUUUGUCUAAUGGUUUUUCUGAUCGUUGUCAAGUUUGAAUGCAUAAUAAAAUUCUUUGACCAACAUAA